CGCUCCGCCUCUUCCGAGCCGGGUCACGGCCGGGGCGGCUUGGGCCGGGCUUGUGAGAGCGUGGGGCGCGCGGCGGCUCAAGGCAGACCCCGGCCCGGCGCCAUGUCCGGGAACCUGCGCACCGCCCUCAUUUUCGGCGGCUUCAUCUCCUUAAUCGGCGCCGCCUUCUACCCCAUCUACUUCCGGCCCCUAAUGCGGCUGGAGGAGUACCAGAAGGAACAAGCCAUAAAUCGAGCUGGUAUUGUUCAAGAAGACGUGCAGCCACCAGGGUUAAAAGUGUGGUCCGAUCCAUUCGGCAGGAAAUGAGGAGGCUGUGCCCACUCUGAUGGUGAAAGUGGACAUCUUCAUGCUUUCCAUCCUGCAGCUAGCACAGUCAGUCACCUCCCUAUAGAACAGUGGCUGCAGAAGAAAACUCUGUAAUGCCACAAAUAAGAGUGCUGUGCACAGGAUUAACAUUGCCCUUCUCAAGGAUCAAAAGAACCCUGGAACAAAUCACACCAUUAGGAAGGUUUUCAUGAUUCAGUUUACUUUCUAAAAAUGAAGCUGUCAGCCAGCUGUGUUUGGAAGCGAUCUACUUGUUAUUCAGUCUCUACCACUCACCCAGCCACGCUGCAAUAUGAAUACAAGCGACCAGUAGACUUGGGAAGACCCUAGUCUGUUUCGCCAUCUUCCAGCUAGGAAAUUUCAGGGAAAAACCACCAUGCGGAGCAGCGUCACAGGGCUCUUUGAAAAUGUUAAAGUUGAUAAAUCUCUUUGAGGACAAGGCACACUGUACUCUUUAAGAAUAAACAUUUCAGCCUAACAAUCUCAUUGAAGGUUGCUGCAUAUUGGAAAAUAAAUAUGAAGCAAGUCAAAUUAAGGGUCUGCAUGCAUAAUAGAAAUCAAUGUUGAAUUAACAGAAGUGAAAAUGUGUAAAUUAAAAUGACUUAUUUUUACCUCA